GUUGAAGGAAGCGGGUGAGAAAUAACGGGAGAGAGCUGACAAGAGCGACCUGUACCUUCUCAAGGAAGGCAUUAAGUUCCCAAUCAUACUCCACAUGGUCCCACGUUAACAUUUAGUCUGGCAGUCAUCCUACCCAAUACCCCGCAGCCAAAGACUUACCCUCUACCGAGAUCGAGCAGCGCACGAUCUCCUUCAGCACUCGGCGCGGAUUAUUGCGUUCCGGCCCUUCUCCCUCUGCGUUUCCCAGACGCAUUUGAGCGUCCAACAACUCCCUCUAUUCGUGACCGAGCGCAUGCUCGAGCGUUUGGGCAUACAUGCUCUCCGGGUAUUCGAAGCCGAGAUCAAGGCUGGCGCGAGUAAUGGCCUGGCAAAAGAUGAGCCCACAGAGCUCUUUGUCGACGCUGAGGAUGCCGAAGCGCCAUCGGCGAAAGGCAAGGGCAAGGCAAGGACAGAGACGAAGGGGGUCGCGACAAUAGGGCCAAACAAAUUAGGGUUGUACGGCAACAGGAGCGCGUCGACCUAGUCGCUGGCCAAGAGCAUAGUAGAGGCUACGGUUUCCUCGAGACGAGUCGGCAAGCUGUUCGAGCAGCAGCGGAAGGAGUUUGAAGAUCUCGUUAAGAUCAAGAAAAAGAAGACGAAGACGAAGGACGGUCGACUCGAGCUGUGCUUCCGGAAGACGCGCUUCAGCGCGUCAGAAGCAUUUGAAUCGUCGAGUUCUCGACCAAGUGUCCAGAUCGCUGAGUGGCAUGUGGCUCACCGGAACUAGGGCUCGCGGUUGGACAAAAUAUAUAAGAGCGUCUGCUGUCUCUACUUGACUUUAAGAGAGAGGAGACCGACAAGGAGUAGCCGAAACGAAAGAAACGGCGGAUGUCAGAGCUUAACAAAUUAGGUAACAAGAUUGGGUCGCUCAUAGGCAGAAAGCACU